AUGGAAGUAGCAUUUACGGAAGUAGAGGAGUCGGAUCCGACAAAAGAAAGUGAGAAUAAGGAAUUUAGCUUGUCUCCAAGGAGGUUUGCUGAAAACAUCAUAAACUAUAAGCAGGGGGGAACCGAAAUUGUGACAUAUGGAUAUCCUAAUCUGAAGAGUGUCAAGGAGUUGGUUUACAAAAAGGGCUGUGGAAAUGAUAAUGGGCAGAGGGUUCCUCGCACUGAUAAUAACAUUAUUGAACAGGCACUUGGAAAUUAUGGUAUCAUAUGCAUAGAAGAUAUUGUACAUGAGAUUGCCACUGUUGGCCUACAUUUUAAAGAGGUUGUCAACUUUCUGUGGCCCUUCAAACCCAACAAGCCAGAAGAAGGUUUGCAGGGAAAGAAAAAGCUGUACAAAGAUGGGGGUGAUGCUGACAACCGUGAAGAUCUCGUCAAUGAACUCAUCACUAAGAUGAACUAACAUCACCAAUGGAAGUUCAUGUACCUUAGUAGAAGGUUAAAAUUUUUUAUCUGUCAUAUGUAGAGCACAGAGGACCUGCUGCCAAGCUUGAGCUUAAUGGCCUACUACUUCACAUAGCA